GUUUUACUUGCAUGAUGUAUAAGAACAGAUGACACACCUUCCCUCAUCGUGAUUUCGAAAAUAUUUGGAAACAUUUUCCUCAACACAUUGAAUGACAAGUAACGCAUAUAAGUAUUGUGAUCGUCUGGUAUUUAAGUGUAUACUGAGAAUCAAUUUAAUUCAAUUAUUUUAGUUGUUAAAAAACGUCUUUCACAGAUUUGUGAUUAUCAAGGAAUGUACAAUGGUUGUCGAAUAACCUCAUAAAACAUUGAUCAUUGUAUCAUAAUAUAACAAAUAAGAUAAAUGUGUAUUAUAUGAUUUAUAUGUUAUAAAUAUAGUACAAAAAAAAAUGGAAAAUUUACAGAAAUUAGAAGAGGAGGCUAAAGCAAGGGCUACACAACAUGUAACAAAUAUGUUGCAAAGACCUGGACAAUUAGAAAAAAUAGAAGUAUAUAAACGUAGGAUAAGCAGAAAGAAAGCUUCUGUAGAGACUAUGCUUAAAAGUGCAAUGCAAAGUCAAUUAGAUGGUAUUAGAGUUGGUUUUGAACAAUUGCAAAGUUCUCUUGAAAGUAUAACUACGAUAAAGGAAGAAUUGAAGGAGAUUGAAAAAUUGUUUAGUAUCGUACCAGAACUGAGUAGUAAACUUCAACCGGUUCAAGAUGAAAAUAUGCGUCAUUCUCAAUACGUGACUGCUAAGGAAAAUUUAAAACAUAUAUUUACAGUACCUGAAAGCGUAGAGAAAACUAAACAAUGGAUAAAUGAUGGUAAGCUUCUACAUGCGCAUCAAAGUUUAAUGGAUCUAGAAAAUUCUAGAGAUGAUUUACUAUACGAAUUACAUAAGCUUCCUAAUCAAUCAACAGCAGAUACUAUUAUGCUGAAAGCUUACUUUGAAGACGUAGAAAUGUUGUCACAAUUAAUGGAAAAACAAAUUAGACUUGUUUUAAGUCGUACUUUAAAUACGGUAAGAAAAGAACCAACAGUUAUAGUAACUGCAUUAAGGAUUAUAGAGAGGGAAGAAAAAGCAGAUCAGUUUGCUAUUCAAAGGGACAAACAAAGUGGUUUUAUGCCACCAAGUAGACCUAAAUGUUGGAAAAAUAUGGCAAUGAAGAUAUUGGAGAAAUCAGUGGCUAAUAGAAUUGAAGGUACUCAUGUUGAUGAAAGAGCUGAUAAUAAAAUGUGGUUGGUAAGAUAUUUAGAACUCACUAGACUUUUGAUUCUUGAAGAUCUAAGAGUAAUCAAAACUCUUUGUGGUCCAUGUUUUCCACCGUGGUGGGACAUUGUAAAUACAUUUGUAAAAAUGUAUCAUACUAGUUUAUCCCAACAUUUGAAAGAUAUAAUUGCUAAUGGUUUAGAAGGAAACGAAUAUGUUUCCUUGUUGGCUUGGAUUAUGAAUACGUAUACAGGACCAGAUUUAAUGCAACAUCCAGAAUUAAAUAUAGAUCUAAGGGAUAUCGGUCCUCUAUUGAGUUCAGAAAUAAUAAAUGAUCUACAACAGAAAUAUUUGAAAAAUAUGUGUCAGAAUUAUGAGGAUUGGAUGAAAAAGACAUUAGAAACUGAAAAAGUUGACUGGUGGAGCGGGGUAAUACCAGAAAGUAGUACGGAAGAAGUUUAUUAUCAUACCGCUGCACCUGUCAUUAUAUAUCAAAUGAUUGAUCAAAAUCUUCAAGUAACAAAAACGAUUAGUUCUAAUCUAACAGCUCAAGCAUUCAUCCUUUGUAUAGAACAAGUUACUAAAUAUGGUUUUAUGUAUCGACAGGCAAUAUUAGAAUUCAAAAGUAAACAUUUUGAAGACAGAAGCCGGGUACCUUACUUCACGCAUCAUAUGAUUACUAUUGUUAAUAAUUGUCUACAAUUUACAGAAUUGGCUCAUCAAAUAAAACAGAUCUAUUGGGUCCCUAAUUCAAGCGGCGAUGCCACUGUAAAAUUUGAAAAUCUUUUAGCUCAUUAUCAACAAUUGAGAAAUGAAGCAGCUGCCAUAUUAUUGGAAGAAUCGUUUCUCGAUUUAGAAUUUCAUUUUCAAGAUUUGAUUACAUCCAAGUGGUUACAAUCUCCUAUCCCAAUUGCAACAAUAUGUGUUACUUUAGAAGAUUAUUUUCAAGAUUACAAUCAUCUUAAUCCAAAAAACUUUGAGUAUGUAAUAAUGGAAGCGCAAAAUCUUAUAGCAAAGCGUUACAUAUCUGCUAUGUUACAACGUAAAAUAUCAUUUAAAACCUACGAGGAGUGUUUAACUUGUACUUCAAAGAUAAUAUCGGAAGCUGAUAAAUUAAAAAAUUUCUUUGUUAAAAUAGCACCUAAAGUAGGCAGUUACAAUUCUCCUUUCGAGAUAAUUAAACGUCUUGCCGAAGUAUUGCGUUGCGAAGAUUCGGAAAUUCUUUCUCUUGAUUUACAUUCACUAGUUGAAAAAUAUCCUGAUAUGACGGAAGAUCAUUUAGUCAGAUUACUUAGCUUAAGAGGAGAUAUUUCAAGAGGUGAAUCUAGAGAAAAGGUGGCUUAUAUCUUAGAGGCUCAACGCAAUCGAAAUACACCACAAACUACAACCAACAGUAUAUUUAAACAAAUAGUGCUACAGGAUAGCUUCCUCAGUUGGAAACCUUGAAACUGCAAAAAUAUGUUUAAACCAAAUGCAGUUUAAAUUUCUAUAAACAUAAAGCAUAGUAAAUUCAGCAUAAAAAUUUAGAUUAAUAUUUAAUUAAUAAACCCAUUUUGCGGUAAUGCAUAAUGGGGGAAGAACGAAAACAAACAAAUUUGCCAUUUUGUUGUCCAUAUUCUAAUCGCUUGUAUAUGAUUUGCUUUUGUAUGAGUGGAAAAAAUAAUUGAAAUUUGAAAGUUCUAUUUAAAAAGAUGGUAUAAUUAAUAAACGUAAAGUUAGAUUAUAUAUUUCUUGUAUAAUAUUAUUAUUAUUAUUAACAAUAAUAAUUAGCUACGCGUCACUUAGUGCAAUCUCGCAAAAUUUUAUUGACUUGCCAUCUACCUCACAAUGACUGAUGUAGCUUCAAUAAUAAUAAUAAUAAUAAUAAUAAAAAUAAUAAUAAUAAUAAUAAUAAUA